CAACAGGAAACAUAAGAGAGAGAGAGAGAGAGAGAGAGAGAGAGAGAGAGAGAGAGAGAGAGAGAGAGAGAGAGAGAGAGGAAAUGGGAAGGUCUCCUUGUUGUGAUGAGAGUGGACUCAAGAAAGGCCCCUGGACUCCUGAAGAAGAUCAGAAACUUGUCAAAUACAUCCAGAAAAAUGGCCAUGGCAGCUGGAGAGCCCUCCCUAAACUAGCAGGUCUUAACAGAUGCGGGAAGAGUUGCAGAUUGAGGUGGACGAAUUACCUAAGGCCUGAUAUAAAGAGAGGGAAGUUUUCACAAGAGGAAGAGCAAACAAUUCUCAAUCUCCACUCCAUCCUUGGCAACAAGUGGUCUGCAAUUGCCACCCACCUUCCUGGAAGAACAGACAAUGAGAUCAAGAACUUCUGGAACACCCACCUGAAGAAGAAGCUGAUACAUAUGGGUAUCGAUCCGAUGACUCACCGCCCGCGAACCGACAUCUUCUCGAGCCUCCCUCACCUCAUCGCCCUGGCUAACCUCAAAGAGCUCAUUGAAACCCACACAUGGGAAGAACAGGCAAUGAGGCUGCAGACAGAAGCUGCUCAAGUGGCCAAACUUCAAUACCUCCAGUACCUCCUUCAACCUCAACCACCAAAUUCCAUGGCACCAAACAAUCUCCCAAACAACAACAACAUUGAUCAAAUCACUUAUGAUAACCUCUUGAAUUCUCUCUCUUCGAUGAAAGAUGGCCAGAUUCUGAGCGCAUCCCAGUUUGGAAAUCUUGAUCACGAAUCAAUCCCUUUUGCUCAUAUGCCUGAUUUACAAGUUCCUUGCCAGUACCAAACACCUAUGAUGAACAAGGACAUGUUUGGUGAGAACUCUUCACCCACUUCCAUAUGGAAUAUUCCUUCCACCGCUUCUCCGUCUCCUCCGCCGCAACACCAGUUGGGGGCGGUUGUUCCUCCGUUCACGGAGACUUCCAUCAACAAUAACAUGGGGGAUGCUUGUAGUACUUCAAGCUACGAAGGUGGUCCUUCUUCAUUCUGGCCUGAAGUUCUUCUUGACGAUCACCCCUUGUUUCAUGAGAUUGCUUAGUGUACUUAGAUAUUGUGUGUGUUAAAGGUUUGGAUUUGCUCUCUCUCUCUCUCUCUCUCUGUGUUUGUAUACAUACUGUUAUGAUCAUGACAUAAUCCAUCUACAUAUAUAAUAGUUGCACAAUGGAUGAGUUUUUUCUUUUCGAUGAUUGUAUCCAUCUUAUGUACAAAAGAUUAAUAUAUAAUCCAUGUUUCUGAUCUGUUA